AUGGUAGAUGCUAUUGGGAGUAUUGGUGUUGGAUAUAAAGCUCCUUCUUAUAAUGACAUGCGAAUUAAUUUAUUGCGGGAUUGCAAGAAAGAAUGCAAGUUGCUUAUUGAUAGCUACAGAAGCCAAUGGGCUAAUUAUAUUUUGAAAGAUGCCACCAAUUUAUGUAAUUUAGUCAUUGAGAUUAUUGAGUGGGUUGGACCGGAUAAUGUGGUUCAUUUGGUGACUGAUAAUGCAAGCAAUUAUGUUGCAGUGGGAAGAGAUCAUGUAACGGAGCUUGUAUCAUGUGCUUCCAAGGUGACUAUUUUUGUCUACAAUCAUAUAUACAUACUAUCUUGGUUGAGAAAAAGAUCUGGAUGGAAAGAGAUUAUGCGUCCAGGACCAACACGGUUUACUACUACAUUCAUUACUUUGAAAAGUAUCUUUGAUCAUAAACAUGACUUGCAAGCAUUGGUGACAGAUAAGUAUUACACAAGCCAUAAGUUAUCUAAAAGUCCAGUAGGUAAAACAGUUACUUCUAUUAUCUUGGAUGGAAAAUUUUGGGAAGAAUAUUUAUUUAUGGUGAAGAUUGCAGCUCCCAUCAUAAGGCUUUUAUGUGUUGUUGAUGCUGAUGAGAAACCUUCACUUGGUUAUGUUUAUAAAGGCAUGAUCAGGAUUCGGAAAACAAUUAUGUAUAUCUUCAUAAACAAGUCUACAAUGUAUGGUUCCUACAUUAAAAUUAUUGAUGACAGAUGGGAUAAGCAUUUACAUCGAAAUCUUCAUGCAGUUGCUAAUUUUUUGAAUCCCGCUUUUCUCUUUGAUAAAGAAGCAUUUUCUGAGAAUCCAGAAGUGUCGUAA